AUGCGGAUCACGAUUGUUGUCUCCGUUUUGCUCGCGUUUUACAAUCUCUCGAGUGCUUUGGAGAGGCGCAAGAGGUACCUGGUCUUCCCUAGACCGGUAGGCAGUGGAGCACCGACGAAAGUACAGUUAAUCCUCGGCCUCGGUAUACCCAUGGAAGUCGACGUCAGCCUGAUUAUCGGAUAUGUGAUGAAAUUUAAUUACGCCCUGCCCUACAACGCUUCCUACUUGACGGAUCCAUAUGUUCGCUAUGACAGAUCGAUCAGCGACGGCGUCGAGGUCGAUGAGAAUGACGACCCCACGCUGGACCAAGAAGGCGAGGAGCGACUCAUCUCCAGAUGGGAAAUUUACGAAAUCCUGGAAUCGGUUCUUGGCGAUUCACGAUCGGGCAAAGCCUGCCUUCUGAGGGCAAUCUGCGAAGCUUCCGCGGUACCUUUCAGCAAAGUUCAUGGCCUUAGCGCUCAGUUCCUUCAUCUUCUCCUCGCCCCGUCGACCACUUCGGACCCUUUCAGAACUGACUUUGAUCGAGUAUAUCGCGCAGCUGAAAUCAUGGGACGACAAGCAACCAGGAGCUGCGACAGUUUAUUUCCGGAAUGCUCGGAGAGCCACUUGGAGUACUUCACCGAAGUACGUGAAUGAUCAUUUGCUUCGCUAUCUGUAAGGCUUCUCCAUAGCGCCCACGUGUUACAUCGAGGGAACAGUUUAAUACUAAUCGAAAUGGCCGCCAGUCACCCUGAUUGCAUUCGCUGUUAAAGGGUUAAGCUACAGUCGA